AUGGAUCCUGAUCCUUUUGAAAAUCCAGUUCCAAAUCCUUUUGAUUUUGCAGCAUACCUUCAAAAUUCUGAACUUGAAGAAGCUUUUAUACUCAACCAAGUUAGGGAGCGUCGAAACAAAAUAUUGGAAGAUAGGGCACCUCGAAGCAGAAAAUAUGUCAGGAGAGAUCAUGCAGCGGCAAACCGAAGGCUAAUUGAGGACUACUUUGCCAAUGAGCCUACAUAUGACGAUACAAUGUUUCGUCGUCGGUAUCGGAUGCAAAAACAUGUUUUCCUUCGAAUCGUUGCGGACCUUUCAAGUAGUGAUAACUACUUCACCCAGCGAGUUGGUGCAGCCUAUAAAGAAGGAAUAUCACCCUUGGCAAAAUGUACAACAGUAAUGCGAAUGUUAGCCUAUGGUGUGGCAGCAGAUGCAGUCGAUGAGUACAUCAAAAUCGGAGGUACUACAGCACUGGAGUGUUUACGUAGAUUCUGUAAAGGAAUCAUACGAUUGUAUGAGCACGAGUACCUUAGAGCACCAACCGAAGAUGACCUGCAAAAAAUACUACAUGUUAGUGAAAUGCGGGGGUUCCCAGGCAUGAUCGGGAGUAUUGACUGCAUGCACUGGGAGUGGAAAAAUUGUCCUAAAGCAUGGGAAGGUCAAUUUACUAGAGGGGAUAAGGGAACUACAACGGUUAUUCUUGAGGCAGUUGCAUCUCAUGAUCUAUGGAUCUGGCAUGCCUUUUUUGGAUGUCCGGGAACGUUGAACGACAUAAACGUUCUAGAUCGGUCACCAGUGUUUGAUGACGUGGAACAUGGAAAGGCUCCAAAUGUGAAUUACUUUGUGAAUCAACGUCCCUAUAAUAUGACAUACUAUCUAGCUGAUGGUAUCUACCCUUCUUAUCCAACUUUCGUCAAAUCGAUUAGACUUCCUCAAAGUGAACCCGACAAGUUGUUUGCACAAGUUCAGGAGGGAUGUCGGAAGGACAUCGAACGUGCAUUUGGAGUUCUUCAAGCUCGUUUUAAAAUCAUCCGUGAACCAGCUCGUUUGUGGGACAUAGCUGAUUUGGGUAUCAUUAUGAGGUCAUGCAUCAUAUUACAUAAUAUGAUUGUUGAGGAUGAACGAGAUUCAUAUGCUCAACAUUGGACCGAUUUUGAGCAAUCUGAGGAAGGUGGAUCUAGUACACCGCAACCAUACUCGACCGAGGUGUUACCCGCUUUUGCAAAUCAUGUGCGUGCUAGAUCCGAGUUGCGUGAUUCGAACGUUCAUCACGAACUGCAAGCAGAUCUAGUGAAGCACAUAUGGACAAAGUUUGCAAAUGCUUCGUGA